CGAAACCGGUUCCGGAACCGGCCUGGAUCUCAUCUGUCAAUCGAGACGAAGAGAGCAGAGUAGUUCUUUUCUUCUUUGUCGACGAACUUCGAUCCUUCCUUCCAUUUCUUCGUCUUCUUCAAUUUGAUUUUGCUCCACUCUGAAAAUUCGGGAUCUCACACACAACCAUGAGCGGCCACGACUCCAAGUAUUUUUCCACCACUAAAAAGGGUGAAAUCCCCGAGCUCAAAGAGGAGCUUAAUUCCCAGUACAAGGAUAAAAGAAAAGAUGCUGUUAAAAAGGUCAUUGCUGCAAUGACGGUCGGGAAGGAUGUGUCGUCACUUUUCACAGACGUUGUAAAUUGCAUGCAGACUGAAAAUUUAGAGCUAAAAAAGCUGGUCUACUUGUAUCUCAUAAAUUAUGCUAAAAGCCAGCCUGAUCUAGCCAUUCUUGCCGUCAACACAUUUGUGAAAGAUUCACAAGAUCCAAAUCCUUUAAUACGUGCGUUGGCCGUAAGAACAAUGGGAUGCAUUCGCGUGGAUAAAAUUACAGAAUACUUGUGUGAUCCUCUUCAGAGAUGUCUUAAGGAUGAUGACCCUUAUGUCCGCAAGACAGCUGCCAUCUGUGUUGCCAAACUUUUUGAUAUAAAUGCCGAGUUAGUCGAGGACAGAGGUUUUUUGGAAUCUCUCAAAGACUUAAUAUCAGACAAUAAUCCAAUGGUUGUUGCAAAUGCUGUGGCUGCUCUUGCUGAGAUACAGGAGAAUAGUAGCAGACCCAUCUUUGAAAUCACGAGUCACACACUGUCAAAACUUCUCACAGCUUUGAAUGAGUGCACUGAGUGGGGUCAAGUUUUUAUACUGGACGCACUUUCUAGAUACAAAGCAGAGGAUGCUCGUGAAGCAGAGAAUAUAAUGGAGAGAGUUACUCCACGGCUACAACAUGCUAAUUGUGCUGUUGUUCUGUCAGCUGUGAAGAUGAUUCUUCAACAAAUGGAACUGAUCACUAGCACCGAUGUAGUUCGAAAUCUUUGCAAAAAGAUGGCUCCUCCUCUUGUUACUUUGCUUUCGGCAGAACCCGAGAUACAAUAUGUUGCAUUGCGAAAUAUUAACCUUAUAGUACAAAAACGCCCUACUAUUCUUGCACAUGAAAUUAAGGUUUUCUUCUGUAAGUACAAUGAUCCAAUCUAUGUAAAGAUGGAGAAAUUAGAGAUCAUGAUUAAGCUUGCAUCGGACCGGAACAUAGACCAGGUUCUGCUGGAGUUCAAGGAGUAUGCCACCGAAGUAGAUGUAGAUUUUGUACGAAAAGCUGUCCGUGCAAUUGGUAGGUGUGCAAUCAAGCUAGAGAGAGCUGCUGAACGAUGCAUAAGUGUGUUGCUUGAGCUGAUCAAAAUUAAAGUGAACUAUGUGGUUCAAGAGGCUAUUAUAGUCAUCAAGGAUAUUUUUAGAAGAUAUCCUAACACUUACGAGUCCAUCAUUGCAACACUCUGCGAAAGCUUAGACACGUUGGAUGAGCCAGAAGCCAAGGCAUCAAUGAUCUGGAUUAUUGGAGAAUACGCAGAGAGAAUUGACAAUGCAGAUGAACUUCUUGAAAGCUUCUUGGAAAAUUUCCCUGAGGAACCUGCACAAGUCCAGCUUCAAUUGCUGACUGCAACUGUCAAACUUUUUCUUAAGAAGCCAACUGAGGGACCGCAGCAGAUGAUUCAGGCUGUUCUGAACAAUGCUACUGUGGAGACGGACAAUCCUGAUUUGCGGGACCGUGCUUAUAUCUAUUGGCGACUCCUAUCAACUGAUCCAGAGGCAGCUAAGGAUGUGGUUCUUGCCGAGAAGCCUGUAAUUGGUGAUGAUUCAAAUCUGCUUGAUUCGUCGCUCCUAGAUGAGCUCCUUGCCAAUAUUGCCACAUUAUCCUCCGUAUAUCACAAGCCCCCUGAAGCAUUUGUGACCCGUGUGAAGACUGCUCAGAGAACAGACGAAGAAGAUUAUCCUGAAGGAAGUGAUGCAGGGUAUUCAGAAUCUCCUUCCCAGGUUGGUGGUGCAUCUCCUCCAACUACUUCAGAUGCACCUUAUUCAGUACAAAAGAAACCAGCCCCUGGCUCAGCUUCCCCUCCACCUCCAGCAUCAGUUCCGGAUUUACUUGGUGAUCUGAUUGGAUUGGAUAAUAGUGCUACUGGCCCUGUUGAUCAGCCUGCCGGCCCUCCCUUGCCUAUCCUGCUACCAGCAUCAGCUGGUCAAGGCUUACAAAUUAGUGCACAGCUCACACGACUGGAUGGUCAAGUAUUUUACAGUUUAUUGUUCGAAAACAAUACGCAGAUUACAUUGGAUGGGUUCAUGAUCCAGUUUAACAAGAAUACCUUUGGCCUCGCAGCUGCAGGACCCUUACAGGUUCAACCGUUGCAACCUGGAGCAGUUGUAAAUACUCUGCUGCCUAUGGUGGUGUUCCAAAAUAUGUCUCAAGGUCCCCCAAGUUCACUUUUGCAGGUAGCCGUGAAGAACAAUCAACAACCAGUGUGGUACUUCAAUGAUAAAAUCCCAAUGCACGUUUUCUUCACUGAUGAUGGGAGGAUGGAACGUGCAAACUUCCUUGAGACUUGGAGGUCCCUCCCAGAUUCAAACGAAGUUUCCAAAGACUUCCCUGCCAUCGUUCUAACCAAUGUUGAGGCUGUUCUGGAACGACUCACUGCUACAAACAUGUUCUUCAUUGCCAAAAGGAAGCACGCAAACCAGGACGUUUUCUACUUCUCAACUAAAAUUCCAAGAGGAAUCCCUUUCUUGAUUGAACUCACUACGGGUAUCGGAAGCCCCGGCCUGAAAUGCGCCAUCAAAACCCCAAACAUUGACAUGGCACCACUCUUUUUUGAAGCCUUGGAGACUCUUCUCAAGGAAUGAUUUAAACUGUGCUUUUCUUGUUCUUUUUCUACCCUGAGUAUUUGUAAAUCCAUGCUGGGUAUCUGCCUGGCCUUUUUGUAUCCUCUUUUCCCUCUUGAAUUUAGAUUGAAUUCUAGGUUUUGCCUGGACUGUUGAUUUCUCGUUACUUUCCCCCCCCAGAUUCAAGAGUUUGUUUUUACAAGAAAGUGUAAUUUUAUGAGCUUGUUGCUGCAAAUAUUGAAAGUUGAAGAAAUAGUUUAGACAAGAUGUAGUCCAAAUUGGAGAUAGAUGUUAUUUUGUGAGCAAUGAAAAUUGUUGUGGUUCCAGGGCA